AUGGGAGUUGCAUCGAAUAACGGUGUCACAGGGAAACUUGUUUUAACUGUCGUUAUAACAUGUAUUGGAUCAUCAUUUCUAAUUGGAUACAAUCUUGGAGUUUUGAAUCUACCAAGAAGGAAUAUUGAAACAUAUUUUAAUGAGACAGUUGUUCCAAAUACUCCAGAAUUAGAUUCAAACUUCUUCUACACUCAUGUCAGUACAAUAUUUGUAGUUGCCGCUGCUAUAGGAGCAUUCAGUUGUGGUUGGGUAGCUGAUGGACUUGGUCGACGAAAUGGUUUAUUAGUUAAUAAUGUUAUUGGCAUUAUCGGUGGUGUAAUUGUUGGUCCUUGUGUUCUUGUCAAGCAACCUGUGUUAUUAUAUGUUGGCCGUUUUGUUAUUGGUAUUAAUAGUGGCAUUACAAUUGGCAUAGCUUCACUUUAUUUAACUGAAGUGGCACCACGUGAUCUACGUGGUGGUAUUGGUGCUUGUCAUCAGUUAGCUGUAACCAUUGGUAUUGCUUUCUCGUAUUUCAUUACAUUUUCAUUUCUGUUGAACACAAUAAAUCUAUGGCCACUUGCUGUUGCUUUGGGUGCUGUUCCAGCAGCUAUGUCAUUGGUUAUUUUACCAUUUUGUCCUGAAAGUCCACGAUUUUUAUACAUGAAAAAAAAUAAAGAAGCUGAGGCACGCAAAGCAUUUUUACAAUUAAAUGUUAAAGAAAAUGUUGAUACAUUCAUUGGUGAAUUGCGUGAAGAAAUUGAAGUUGCGAAAAAUCAACCAGUUUUUAAAUUUACACAGUUAUUUACACAAAGAGAUCUUCGAAUGCCAGUGCUUAUUGCUUGUCUAAUCCAAGUUUUACAACAAUUAUCCGGAAUUAAUGCGGUUAUAACAUAUUCAUCUCUGAUGUUAGAAUUAGCUGGUAUUCCUGAUGUGUACUUACAAUAUUGUGUCUUUGCUAUUGGAGUUCUUAAUGUUAUCGUAACUGUAGUCUCUCUUCCACUAAUCGAACGUGCUGGACGUCGUACUUUAUUAUUAUGGCCUACUGUAUCAUUAGCUUUAUCGUUGUUAUUACUUACAAUAUUUGUUAAUUUGGCAUAUUCUGGUCCAGUAGGUGCGAGAUCUGCUAUGGGUAUAAUAUCGAUCAUUUUGAUAUUAGUUUAUAUAUGUAGUUUUGCACUCGGCUUAGGUCCAGUUCCUGCAUUAAUUGUAUCAGAAAUAUUUAGACAAGGUCCACGUGCUGCAGCUUAUUCACUUAGUCAGUCAAUUCAAUGGUUAUCAAAUCUAAUUGUAUUAUGUAGUUAUCCUGUUAUACAGAAAAACAUCGGUGGUUAUUCAUUUUUGCCCUUCCUUGUGGUCGUUGUGAUUUGCUGGAUCUUCUUCUUCCUGUUUAUGCCAGAAACUAAAAAUCGUACAUUUGAUGAAGUUGCACGUGAUCUUGCAUUUGGAAAUAUUGUUGUAGGCAAACGUACUACAGCUUUAGAAGAUCGUAACCUUACUGUAUUCACUAAACAAGGUAAUAAUGACGGUCCAGCUUCUGAGUCAUUACUUUAUCCUCGAAGUGAUAAUGACAAAGGAGCAGAAUUAAGUACUAAUGAUGUUUUAAAUAUUGCACUAAAAAAGAUUGAACAAUAA